AUGGACUCGACGACCAUGAAAUCGGCUGGCUUCGACUUGACGCCAAUCGGUACGACCUGGAAGGCUACCUUUGAGCUGCUGUACCACCAGCCCUGCCACCACUUUUACUUGCCCUCUCGUCGGGAGAGAGGUUUGAAGCCAGAGGCACGAUUGAGAGUGGAUCAGCUGUUGUUGCAAGAGACGAAAUCGCAGCUACCACCAAAAAAGACAAAGACGAUCUGUACGGGCUAUGCAGCCGUGGUCGGCGUCCCGUCCAGUGCUUAUUUCAGGUACCUACUGAAGGUGUUCCUGAAGGCAAAGGUAACCACUACUUAA